AUGAAUUUUGUGCUUGAGGUGGAACUCUUUGAUGUGUGGGGCAUUGACUUUAUGGGGCCAUUUGUGAGCUCAUAUGGCCUGAAAUAUAUUCUUGUUGCUGUGGAUUAUGUCUCCAAGUGGGUGGAAGCGGUGGCCUUGCCCAACAAUGAUGGGAGGAGAGUCAUUGCUUUCCUAAAAAGAACAUCUUUGCCAGAUUUGGCACUCCUAAAGCCAUUAUUAUUGAUGGUGGUUCUCAUUUCUGCAACAAACCAUUCGCUGAUCUUCUUGAAAAAUAUGGCGUGCAUCACAGGGUUGCCACUCCAUAUCAUCCUCAGACGAGUGGCAUAUCGUACAGCUUUCAAAACGCUUAUUGGGACUUCACCGUAUAAGCUGGUAUUUGGGAAGGCAUGUCAUUUGCCUAUUGAGCUUGAGCAUAAGGCCCUUUGGGCAUUGAAAAAGUUGAACAUGGAUUGGCAUGAAGCAACCAAGCUGAGGUUGUUUCAAAUCAACGCGAUGGAUGAAUUUAGGUACAAUGUCUAUAAAAGUGCAACAUUAUACAAGGAAAAAAUGAAAUACUAUCAUGACUCGAAGAUCCUCAAAAGGGAUUUUCAGCCAAAGGAUUUGGUCCUGUUGUACAAUUCGCGCCUAAAGUUCUUUCCGGGCAAGCUCAAGUCUCGAUGGUCCGGGCCAUUUGAAAUUGUCAGUGUUUCCCCAAAUGGAAGCGUCAUUGAAGUGAAAACCGAGGAUGGCACUCGGACUUUUAAAGUAAAUGCGCAAAGAGUGAAGCACUAUCAUUGGUGCAUUGAUGAUGGCAAAGUGGUUGAUAGGUAUCGUUUGAAACACGGUUCCUGA